AUGGGACGAAGUGCCAAGUUUUAUAAAAGGCCAACAAAGAAAGAGAAAGAAGGCUUAGCGUUGAAACAGUUAGUGGAGCCAUCUGCCAUCAAGAAAAAAGCUACAAAAGAAAGCAAAACUAGUUCCAUUGCGAAAGCUCUCAUCGAUGAAGCCAUGAAGAAGAAAGAAACCUCAGUUGCUAAUGGCGAUGUGGACAUGACAGCCAACGAAAGCAAAUUGAGCGCAAAAAAGGAAAAGAAGCAGAAAAGUGAACCUGAACUACCCGACUACGUUGAUCUUUUCUCGGGAAAAAAGACAUACAAGAAACUUCCUGCGAAAAGAAAAUAG